AUGUCCCUGGCCCUGUUUGUAAAGGAGACGACACUCAUUUGCCUCCACGGCUCCUGGGGUAAAAAAGGCUUAAACGAUUCUUGUCCUACAGUUUAUCGUGCUGCACUGAAGCUUCGGUCCCUGCAGAAACUAUGCCACAUGCAUAUGGUCUCGAUCCAGGAUUUGCACUCAGUUCUCUGGACAGUAGAGGACUCAGGGACUAUUUCCCAGGAAAGCUUAAAGCAGAACCUAGAACAGCUCUUCCAGGUUGUGUUACAGAACUUACCUGUACAGAUCAUACCAGAAGCUACCGAGCAGACGGCCAGGCUUCUCUUUAAGCUGUAUGACAGGACGAAGACUGGCUCUGUCCUUUUCAGAUCUGUGAAAGCGGCACUGAUAGCGCUUUCAGGAGACACACUUUCAGCCAAACACAGAGCUCUCUUCCAGCUGGCUCUUAGCAGUGGCAGAAGGGAAGGCACAGAGAACACUUUUGUCAGCCGUGCUGGCCUCAGGAAUUUACUGGAAGAUCUUAGUCAGGUGCCAGCUGUGGUUCAAGAGAGCCAUGUGUUUGGUCCGGUCAAGGCUGCAACCCAAUCCUGCUUCAGUGGGGUUACCAGUGGAGGAGUAGUGGAAGAGCAUUUUGUCAGCUGGCUCCAGUCUGAGCCUCGUUUACUCCUAUGGCUGUCCACCCUUUACAGACUCUCAGUUAGCGAGGCAGUACAGCACAGAGUGCGCUGCCACGCCUGUAAGGCUUACCCCAUCACAGGCCUCAGGUAUCGCUGUUUGAAGUGUUUGAACGUCCAUUUGUGUCAAAACUGUUUCCUGACCAAGAAACGCACAAGAAAGCACAAGCCCUCACAUCCUGUUCUGGAAUACUGCACUCCGCCAUCGUGGAAGGAAUCUGUGGCAUCAUUGGCAUCCAGUGCCCGCCAUGUUCUCCUGCCACAGCGCUACACCAGGAGAGAAACAGAUAGGAGGAGAGCUCUUACAGCUGGAUCUAAUGAAGAAACAGUUGACAGUGCUCAUGCCUCAGGACUGCGGCAGCAAGAGUGUGUGGAGAAUAUGAAAGGUUCGAGUAGCAUUGACUUUGAAACCCUUCCUCCUCCGUCUCCUCCUCCUCCCCCACCUGCUCUACAGCUUAACAUGGAGUCAAAAUUGCUUCAGACAGAUGAGUGUGAGAGCCAGCCUCAGAGAAAGAUGUCGUUACUCCAAAAGGACCUAAGCAUCACGCAAAGCAACAUGAAAGAUCUGCAGAGAGAUAAAGGGCUUCUUGAGCAAGAAUUUCAGGUGUGGAAAGAAACUGCACAGUCAGAACAUGACUCGCUGGAAAACAGGUGCACGGAGCUAGAGGCCACCAUGGGGGCGCUGAUCCAGCACAACCAACAGCUGGAGCAGGAGCUAGGACAAUUCAGACAUGAAUUGAGUAUGAGAGGAAGAGAUGAGUUUAACAGUGACAUCCACACCCCUCCUCUACAACAACACAGCACAGAUGACACCAGCGAGAAACCGUGCUCAGAACCUGAAGGAGCAGUUUCAUACACCAGCUCCACCACUGAAAGGUAUCAGGAAACAGCAACAGGAGACAUGGGAGAGAGAGAACACCAGAUGGAAGAAGAAGAAGUAGAAGAAGUGUCUCUGAAUCCUGUGGAAGAGAAAAAGCCAAUAGAUGUAGUGGAUACUGAAACCUGUUUGACUGAGGCAAUGGAAGAGGUCCAGCAUUUUGGGGAAUCUGAUGUAGAAGAGCAGGAGAAAAAGGAGGAGGAAGAGGAAGAAGAGCGUUACCUUUACAGACAAGAGCUUACUGGUAGAGAUACAAGCCUAGAUGGGUCUGUUGUAGAAGAUGAUUCUGGGACAGAAAACUCAGAUGAGGAAGAAGAAGAGCUUUGUGACCUAGUGCAGAGGCUUCAUGGGGCACUCCUCUCCACAUCAGCAGGCGGUUCGAGUCAGACAGGGGCUCUGUUACAGGCAGCAGGGGAGGUGGGAGAUUCAAUGUUUCACCUUGUUACUGCUUACAAAUCAAUCACUUCACCCAAACAGGACCUGGAACAGGGGUCAGCAAACAGCACUCCCCACGGCAAAGUCUCGUGCCAGCAAGCAAGUUUAUUUUCCCACCAAUAA